AUGUACCAAGCGCAGACCACGCCUUACGGUGCCGUGCAGGUUACCACCCUUGGCGGGUCGGCUUUGCCUUCUGCUGGUGAGCUGCCGGCUGCGCAGGCAACCACUUACACUCCGGGGACCUACGGCGGUGUCACCUACACCCCCGGCACUGCGUACACGCCUGGAACCACCAGUGCAGGCACAGCCACAGCCUACACGCCGCCCGCCUAUUCCAGCUACUCGACACCCACGAUUGCCGGUGGGGCAGCCUACACAAGCACCAGCUCCCCAUAUGGAGCCUACACUGGAGCAUACACACCCUCGACCUAUGCGAGUGCUCUUCCCGCAUACGGCAACACUUAUGGCGGCUACUACGGAAGUGCACCUGUGACUGGGUCCAGCUAUGCCGCAGCGCCCACAACAGAAACGACUGCUGCGACCUACGGCACGCCUGCCAUGGCCGCAGCGACUGCCUACGGCAACGGCUCAUUCACAGCCGCACCGACCCUGGAGUCUUUGGAUAGGGACAGGCCGGAGUUUGAGCUAGGCACCAGCGGCACAGGCACGCAGCGGGAGUACAGGGAUCGCUUGUUCUUCAGCGCAUGGUGUGGCCCGGGCUUGGACGAAGAGUGGGUGGAGUUUAGGAACUGCCAGCAUAUGGAGCCUCGCCCGGCCUUCAGGGCCACGCUGCAGCCCGCACCCUCCAUGAUCGUCCCACCUGCAACGAUGAACCCCCUGCAGUCGGCACCCUCAAUGAUCGCCUACGGCGGCGGCGGCGGCUUCGGCCUUCCGCCGAUGUCCGGGUAUACAUCUGCGAUGGACGGUCCAUUCAAGUUCUACGCUACACCGCCAGGCAAGCUCCCCGACACUGCUCGUGGCGAUCCCCUGAAGGCCGAGGAGGGAUCUCAGACGGGUG